AUGAGUUUUCUACCAGAUUCUGAUAGCGAAGAUGAAUUACCACCAGGAUGGGAGGAACAGGCCACUGAGAAUGGCUAUGUAUGCUAUAUAAACAAACAAACAAAUGUUGCCCAAAUGACACAUCCCCGUACGGGACGUUCUAAACGUAUGACAAUGGAAUUGCCCCUGGGUUGGGAGAAACGUUUCGAAGAGGGUACCCAAAGAACCGUAUUUUUCAAUACCACAACAAAUCAGACAACUUAUAUGGAUCCACGCCUGGCAUUUGCAUUGGAAGAGCCUCCAAUGAAUAUAUCACAAGUACGACAACGUUUUGAUGGCAGCACCAAUGCCCUACAAGUUUUACAUGGUAAAGAUCUUCAUGGUCGGCUGGCUAUUGUGACAGGUGCCAAUAGCGGUAUUGGUUAUGAGACAACACGUUCAUUGGCAUUUCACGGAUGCGAUGUUAUUAUGGCUUGUCGUAAUCGUUCAACCACCGAGGAAGCAAUCGAACGUAUUGCCAAAGAUCGAGCUGCUUGUCGUAAUCGUUUACGUUGGAUGGAAUUAGAUUUGAGUUCAUUCAAAUCGGUGUGUUCCUUUGUCGAACAUGUAAAGCAAAGUGUUAAACACAUUGAUAUGUUAAUAUUGAAUGCUGGGGUUUUUGCAUUGCCCUAUACCACCACUGAAGAUGGUUUGGAAACAACAUUCCAAGUAUCGCAUUUAUCCCACUUCUAUAUAACGAUGCAGCUGGAAUCGUUAUUCGAUCAUAACACACGUAUUAUUGUACUUUCAUCGGAAUCCCACAGAUAUGCCAAUUUGCCAGCGGAUAAUUUAACGCCACAACAUUUGUCACCUCCAGCGGAGAAAUAUUGGAGUAUGAUGGCCUAUAAUAAUGCAAAAUUAUGUAAUGUGCUGUUUGCUGCCAAGUUAGCUAAGCUUUGGAAACAUCGCGGCAUAUCUGUGUUCUCUGUACAUCCCGGUAAUAUGGUAUCAACACGGAUACAACGGAAUUGGUGGUUUUAUCGUUUACUGUUCGCAUUAGUGAGACCAUUCACUAAAUCACUGCAACAGGCGGCUGCCACGAGUAUCUAUUGUGCCACUGCCAAUGAACUUACUGGCCUUACAGGGCUUUACUUUAACAAUUGUUAUUUCUGUGAGCCAAGCAAGCUAUCGCAAAAUGAGAAUUUACAAAAUCAAUUGUGGACAAUAAGUGGAGAUAUGGUUAAGCGUUUGAAGGAACCAGAAAGCCAACAGCUGUUGUAUUAAG